AACAAUCACAAGCAAUCUAAUCACAAUAGAAGUUAUGCAACAAUGGCCAAUAUCCCUUCCCUUCUAGCAAUUGUCAUGUUACUUUUUGUUAUGACUACCAUAAACAAAUCUUCCUCAGCUAGAACUCUUAGCAAUAUUCCAACCCCUAAUCACUACCAUGGCCAUCCUAGAAUAACAUUUUUAAUGAGACAUAUCCUCAAUGGUACACAAACUAAUAAUUCUGAGAAACCUGUCACUACUAAGGUAACUAGUCAAUUACCAUUUCCAAAGCCUCUAGGAAUUUUUCCUCCUAGUAAAGGGAUUCCAAUACCACAAUCAACUCAAACAAUGCCAUCCGCAACAUCAUCGUCUUCAACUCAAACACUUGAUCUUUCUAGCAUAGGUUUCUCUUUUCCUACUAGAGCAGCACUUCAAGAACUGGAAUUUGGAUCAUUAACAUCAAUAGAUGAGGAACUAGUACUUGAAAGUGAUGGAGAUGAACUAAGGAAAAUUGGAAAAGGACAAGGGGUGUAUGUAGCUAGCUCAGAGGGUGGAAAUAGCUAUAUGGUUGCUAUGACGGCGAGUUUUUUGAAGGGCGAGUAUGAAGACGGACUUAGAAUUUUUGGUGUGCAUAGGUGUGAUGUUUUUGAGUCACAUGUUGCUGUUAUUGGAGGCACUGGAAAGUACUAUGGCGCCAAUGGUUAUGCUGUUGUGAAAGUUGUGGACAAAAUAGGGUCUAGUACAAUAGAAGGAAAAGUUACAAGUUCUAAAUUUCUUCUGUUUGAUGUGUAUUUUAGUUAGUAGUAUAUGUUUUAAAAUUAUCUGUUCAGUUUGUGUUUUCUGAUUUUCUCUAGUGUUGAAAUUGUACCCAAUAUGAAUUGGAUUUUGGCUUUAAUUUUACUGAAGUACCCUCAACAAACUACAUGUUCUUCUAUAUAUUAUUAUCUUCACGAGCAA